AGGAGGUGGCCAUGGAGGGAGCUGGAGCAGGAGCUGGUUUCCGGAAGGAGCUGGUGAGCAGGCUGCUGCACGCGCACUUUAAGGAUGACAAGACCAAAGUUAGCGGGGACUCACUGCAGCUCAUGGCGGAGCUGCUGAAGAUCUUCGUUGUGGAAGCAGCAGUCCGUGAAGUGCAGCAGGCCCAGGCAGAAGAUGCCAUUCUUGUGGAUGUGGACCAGCUGGAGAAGCUCCUGGACUUCUAGGGACCUCAGCCGGGGCUGAGGCCACCCUAGGGAAGCCCCUGGUCCACAGAAGCAGGUCUUGUGUUUCUAGUGGCUUCUGGUUGCAGACGGAAAAGGACCUGAGGGGUUUGGAGCUGAUUCAAACAAGAUCCUGAGAUUCUCCAACCUUUGCAGAAGGGGCAGGACUGUAGUGCACUGCCGCCCUUGGAGUGCCCACUGGGGACAGGCCCAUGGGGGAGUCCUACAGGCAGGUGCUGGGAAAGGCCCAGCCACCAGCCAGCAGGUAGACUGCGUGUUUUACAAAGAGCAGCUGGCAGCGCCGCCUCCUGGCCACAUUCCUGCUACCGACAUCAAAGCUGAUCAGACCUUCCCAGCCAUCCGCUAUUCCCCUUGGAAAAUGGCUCCCCAGGCUAUAAAUUUGUUCUCACAAAGCAACAUCAAUAAAUCAAAAGUGUCUGUCCCC